UGUAGGAUUUACCAAAACGACACCGCACUCAUCCAAUGUUCUCUGUUCCACUUCCAUAGUCCAGUUUCUCGACUCCGAAAGUCGCCACAGUCGCCCAAAGCAUCUUUGUUAAUCAUCCCUCUCUCCGCUAGCUAAGAAAGAAAAAAUUGACGCAGCAGAGAAGCCCAUUCCGCCACCUCUCUCUAAUUUGUUUUUGUUAUUAGUUGCCUUCGUGCAGAAGAAUUGUGAAAAUUGGUUUCUUCUCGAAUUGGUUCGUAGAAAACAACACCGUACUGAGGAUGGGUGUUUAUCGGAAUUGAGCCGGUUUCUUUUGUAGGGCUUCUCUUUGCUGUCCAUAUUAACUCUUCUUUCUUUCCCAAUAAUCCCAUCAUCUCAGCCAUUCAAAACGACAGAUGAGUCUUGUGACUGAUUCUCCGGUACACUCGUCUAGUAGUGAAGACUUCGCAGCUUUACUUGAUGCGGAGUUGGAUUCUAAAUCUUCUGACUCAUCACCAAAUGAUGAUGAUGAAGAAGAAGAAGAAGAAGAAGAAGAAGAAGAAGAAGAAGAAGCUAAGGAUGAACCAGAAGAUGAUCCUGACAUAGAAAGCAAGAGGAUAAAAAGGUCUAGAGUGGAGACAUUGGAGAACGUAGAGGAUCCUAAGGGAUCGACUUUUCAUGGAUCCCUAGAUUUGAACUUAGGAGCAUCCUCAAGUAAGGUUGCAUGCACACAUCCAGGAUCUUUUGGAGACAUGUGUAUAAUUUGUGGGCAAAGGUUGAAUGAGGAAACUGGUGUCACAUUGGCCUACAUACACAAGGGGUUAAGGCUUGGCAAUGACGAGAUUGUGCGAUUACGCAACUCAGAUACGAAAAAUUUAUUACGCCAUAAAAAGCUUUACUUGGUUCUUGAUCUAGACCAUACAUUGCUGAACUCUACUCAGCUUAUGCAUAUGACAGCAGAAGAGGAAUAUCUGAAGAGUCAACUAGAUUCUCUGCAAGAUGUUUCUAAUGGUAGCCUCUUCAAGUUGGACUUCAUGCACAUGAUGACCAAGUUAAGGCCCUAUGUGCACACAUUUCUGAAAGAAGCAAGUCAAAUGUUUGAGAUGUACAUAUACACUAUGGGUGAUAGGGCAUAUGCUUUGGAAAUGGCGAAAUUACUUGAUCCUAGAAGGGAGUACUUCAAUGCUAGAGUUAUUUCACGUGAUGAUGGAACUCAAAGACAUCAAAAAGGUCUUGAUAUUGUUCUGGGCCAAGAAAGUGCUGUUCUGAUACUUGAUGAUACAGAAACUGCAUGGACAAAGCAUAAAGAUAAUUUGAUCUUGAUGGAAAGAUAUCACUUUUUCGCUUCAAGUUGUCACCAAUUUGGCUUCAGCUGCAAAUCCCUUUCUGAGUUGAAAAGUGAUGAGAGUGACUCUGACGGAGCACUUGCAUCUGUUCUUAAAGUUUUAAGGAGAAUUCACCAUAUUUUCUUUGAUGAACUGAUGGACGUUAAUCUUGAUAGCAGAGAUGUGAGACAGGUGUUGAAAACUGUCCGUAAGGAUGUACUGGAAGGAUGCAAAAUUGUCUUCAGUCGAGUUUUCCCUACCCAAUUCCAGGCCAACAAUCACCAGCUAUGGAAAAUGGCUGAGCAGUUGGGAGCCAUUUGCUCUACAGAACUUGACUCUUCGAUAACACACGUUGUUUCCACGGAAGCUGGCACUGAGAAGUCACGUUGGGCUAUGAAGAAUAAGAAGUUUUUAGUUCACCCGCGGUGGAUAGAGGCAGCAAAUUAUUUGUGGCAAAGGCAGCCUGAAGAGAAUUUCAGCGUCAACCAACCCAAACAUCAAUAGUGAAAUGUUAAUGUAGAUGUAAACCUUUUCUUUUUCUUUUUCAGUGGUUGGUAGUUUUGGGGGGCAUCUUUUUUGUUUAGCAAUGUAGAUCAGUUCCUCUAUCAUCUCACAGUCUAGAGUAUAUGUGCCACUAUGGGUAUUGUGGUUUAUGGAAUCAUGUAAAAUACCUGAUGUGGCUGAUAGUUUUUGAUUGAUCUCACAUUAAGAGGUGAAUGAUAAAAUUUUAGUUCACUU